AUGAAGGCUUAUUUCUACGACGACCUUCCAGGCGACCAACGCGAACCGCACGACUCGGGCAAGGCUGUGGACACGGACGACCUCGCCAGACUGGGCGUGCUCUACUUCCACAUGCCCGACGUGUCGGCGGUGGACUCGCUGGCGUCGUCGCGGGGCUACCGCAACCGCGACGAGAUCACCGUGUCGCCCGAGAAGAUGGGCGACGCCUACGAGGACAAGGUUAAGUCUUUCUUCUCGGAGCACCUGCACGAGGACGAGGAGAUUAGGUACAUCCGCGACGGCCACGGUUACUUUGACGUCCGCGACCGCGCCGACCGCUGGGUCAGGAUCCAUCUGGACAAGGGGGACCUCAUCAUCCUGCCUGCGGGCAUCUAUCACCGCUUUACGACGGAUGAUAGCAACUACAUCCAUGCCAUGAGACUGUUCAAGGACGAGCCCAAGUGGACACCCCUGAACCGUGCACCGGAGCUGGAAGACAACGAGCACAGGAAGAAGUAUGUCGACGAGUUCCUCGAGGGCUGCUCGCGGUCAUGA